AUGACAGCCAAGGUUCACGUCGCAGGAACGGGCGACAACAUAAUGGACGGAGUUCUUCUGAACUGCGCAAUAUGUUCAAAUCGCUACAGAAAUGCCAAAAUUCUGCCUUGUCUUCAUUCAUUCUGUGAAUGCUGCCUGGAAAGCACGUUGGCGAAUUAUGGCCAUUUAAUUUGUGUGCAUUGCAAGCAAGAGUACCAAGACGUUUCGACGGUUCGUGAGCUGCCACCCAGCGUUCUGAUGAACAGCAUAGUCGAUGCGCUCAGUGGAAACGACCUGCCAGAAACCGAAAUUCGCGCCACGAGACUUCCAGCUGUUCAUUGCCCCACGCAUACCGACAAGAGCCUAGAUAUCUACUGCCAGACGUGUGUCAAGCCACUGUGCAACAGUUGCCUUCCAGUCGACCAUAGUACACACUCUCACAUAGAUAUUGAAGCCGCAGCGGAAGAAUACAGAUGGGAGCUGCGACAAAAAUUGCGUGAUCUUCAAAUAAUUGAACCUGUCUCAGAGCUUGGCAUGCAAGGGAAUAGAAGAGGCUCGUCACAUGAGCACAUCAUGAUCAGGUCUGAUACCAACGAGAAAAAAGAAACCAUUGAACGUCCAGUCCCUGCGCCAGAAACUGUGGAAACUAGGUUCAUUUUGGAAAACGCAAUCAGUCUUCUUGGAGAUGAGCGGUUACUGCUAUCGCGCCCGGAAAUCGGACGCAAACUCGAACGCGUUGGGUCUUUCGAAACUGAUAUUCAGGCCGAGUUUAUGCUCUCUUCUUCGCCGGGUUAUUCUGAAUCACCAGGGUCCCACUUUCUGUUUUACGACAAUAACACGAGAGUAGGAACCGCGUUCUGUGGAGACAGAAUUUACAUCGCCGAUAAUGCAAACGGUAGAAUAAAGUCACGUGGUGCAGGAGGUGCCUUGAAACCGAGCAUUCAUUUUGACAGACAACGUGCAAACGUAAUACAACAUUUCAGGCGCCCAUUUUCUCCGAUAGACGUGGCCGUCUUGCAUGAUAAUUUGUUCAUAACUGACCAAGGCAACCACCAGGUUGUCGUCUGUGACAACGAAGGCGAAUUUAUCAAAUGCUUCGGAAGCGAGGAGCUACUGAAACCGUUUGGAAUCGCGAUACAUAAAAAUGACCUUGUGUAUGUUGCUGACCACGAUGCGCACUGCAUCAAACUGUUCAACACUGACGGGGAGUUUCUUUCUUCUUUUGGUUGUCAUGGAAACGAAAAGGGCGAAUUCUCUCAUCCUGAAUGUAUUCGUUUCAACGAGAAGGGUCGCGCAGUUGUGUCUGAUGUCACGGGUCGUAUUCAGGAGUUCAACAUUGGAAAAGGUGGAAUUUUGUACCCUGCGGGAGAAAUCGACGAUGCUGGUUACCAUAGCAGAUAA